CUAGCACGAAGAGCGGCUGGCGGCCGCGGAUGCGACUUGCAGGCGGGACACAGGACGCCAGGUAGCCGUCACUGAGCACUGUGUUGCACAGCGAAAAAGAGUUGCGACGCGCCCGUGGCGAAACGGGGUUCCAGGAGAGCCUUGCAAGCGAGUUUGGAUCAGCGCUCUCCGCAGCAAACUUCCACGCGCGGGCGAACCCCAGGGCUCGGCGGAGCCGGGACGAGUCUAAACCAUGAUGAACGAGUCCUUCCUCGGCAUCUUCGACGACGACGUGAGCGACGCGCCGCCGGCCGCGAGCCGCCAGCCGAGCUGGGGCGGAGUCCCGGCGUCGCCGGGGCCGCCGGGCGCGGCGCUGGGCGCCGUCGGCCGCGAGCCGAGCUGGGCGGGCCUGCCCUCACCAGGCCAAUUACCAACCUCACCAGGGCAAAGCAUAGGGAGACAGCCGAGCUGGGCCGACCUCCCCGAGGGCGCGCCGUCGAUAGCCGACGCCUGGGAUAGUGUGCCCCUGCCCAAUACACUACACAAGGCGCCGUCGGGCGAAGUCGAUCCGAGAGAAACGGUCAUGCCGGCAGAAAUACUAGCGAUGCCCGAGGCCGAUCUACUCACGCCGCUCUGGGCGCCGGACCCGCCGAAGCGAGUACGGUCGAUACCAGAGGCACCGCCGCUGUCUGAUGCCGGCUCCGAGCCCACCGGCGAGGGCAAAUCUUCCGAUGGUGGUGAAGAGGAAAUACCACCUCCGAAGCCCAAGAAGCCGAAGAAGAAGAAGAAGAAAACGACUACGAAGGCCAAGAAGCCCGUCCCCAAGAAGAAGGACGCGCCUCCUGUUGUACAGGAGAUGCGUAUUGGGGCUGUCGUGACGGCGCCGGCGCUAGCCUUUGGGAGUGCGUUUGCUGCUGGCGCGCCCGAGGGGAAAACGUAUCGCGGCAUCGUGGUGGAUGCCACAGAUUCGGAUGAAGCGUGGGUCGUGCGCUACGACGACGACGGGCUCAGAUUUGAGACGGCCACGGCGUUUCUGACGAUCGUGCGGGAGGAGGGCGGGCACCACCUGCGAGCUCGUAGAGCUAGAGCCCUCGAGGAACGACGGAGGCUGGAACGAGCUAAAAAUGAGGACAAGCCCUGGACGCCGGACGAGACGUCGGAGCUGCGAUCUCUGGUGGGUGAACUCGGCGCGUCGAUGGAGACGUGGCCGGUGAUCGCGCGACGCCUCAAGACGGGGCGCCCGCCGGUCCAGGUCAUGAGCUACUACGAGGCGCUCCCGAAAGACUUGUUCGAGGAGAGUGAGGACGAGGAACCACCAGUAAAGAAGAAGCGCGGCCGGCCGCCGAAGGCGCCCGCGGCCGCCGAGGAGGUGCUGACGCGGCGUCUUCGUGAAACUUUGAUUUGACGUGGUCGCCGCGACGGCGUCACCGCGAUGCCGCGCCGCCGCGACGCCGUCGACGCGCCUCGCGAAUGGACGGAGGCAGUUUCGCGACGGCGUCCAUUCCACACAGGCCGCCGCGCCGCCGACACCUGACGAGAGUAGCGACGACGACGUGCCCAUCUCUCAGUUGAGAACUCAAAAAUAUUCCGUGGGCGACCGCGUCGAGGCCGACUGGAAAAACGAGGGCGAGUUCUUCCCCGGUGCGCUCGCGGCGUCCGUUUCCGACCGUUUCCGAACUUCAAGGUCGCGUCGAUGGCGUCGAUGUGACGGCAUCGUUCCACGCAGGGCGCAUCGCGGCGGUCAAGAAGGACGCUUACAGUAUCCAAUACGACGACGGUGAUUUUGAACGGAAUGUUUCUGUGGAGAGAAUACGGCCUCUUAUUACUAUUGACGAAGAACGUGUUCGACAGAUGGUCGCGCGCGUGCCUCUGGAGAAGCGCGAGGCGGUGCUACGGGAGGCCAUCGCCCGCGUCGAGGCGUCUUUGCCAGCUGUCGAACCAUCAACGUCGAAGGGAGACCUACCCAUUCAUUCGGGCGACGAGUUUGCCUCUAUCGUGGCCAAAGCACUAGACGACGGCAACGACGCGCCGCUAUGUGUCAGAAACGCUCUAGGGAAGGACGCUACUUUGUUAUCUUAUUUUCAAGAGGGCCCGAAGCAGUUUCUCAGGCGAUUACGCGACUUAGGCCACGGGUCUCUAUCUCUACUCAGCUUCGCCGGUGGCAGCGUCAGUGUCGAUGCGGCUCUGUCGCUGGAUGUGCACAAGACGCCCGUCGCGCUCACGCCGAAGCUAGGCGGUCGAUUACUAGAAGUGCUCAACGGUGAGUCUACAGAUAAAAGACGCUCCAAUGCUCUGGAGAGGGCGCCUUGUCUGAAGGGCGUGCCGCGGUUCGCUACAGCUUUAUAUGGUGCCUACGACGAUAGCGAACAGUUCCUCGUGAUCCAGCCCGGUCCGAGUGGUGAUCUCAGACCACAUGUGGACUAUCUAGGCUCAGGCGUGAUCUACGUGUUACUCCAGGGCCGGAAGAAGGUCAGCGUGUGGCUACCCUUCCCCGACGACGAUAGGUCCAAUCUAUCUAUCUUGGCGUCGGGUCAUAGGAGAGAUGUCGACGUCGAACAUGAACUGAGGGGGCCGCGUUUUGACCUGGACAUGCGCCCGGGCGACGCGUUAUUCAUCCCGCCGCUGUUUCCUCAUUUGGUGAGGAACUAUGAAGGUGGGUCGAUCGCGUACGGCGUCAAUAUUAUUUCGCAAGCUUCUGGGAGGAUGAUGGAGCAAGUGCGUCAAUUGUCGCCCUACGACCGCGCGGUCUUCGCCUGUCAUUAUUUACCGGCAGAUUAUCCGGACGACGCGUGGGCCGCGAACUAUUCGGAAGAAACGACCGAAAAAGCCCUGUCAGACUGUCUCCAGCGCGUCGCAUCUGCUAAACCUGGUUUGGCUGAAACGCUGCGGAGGGAAGCUACACUGAAGGGACGCGAGGCCACGGUCGUGACGCCCACCACACCACGCGAAGAGAAGCCUCCGUCGCAGCCCUUCGCGGCGACGCGCAUCGGCGGCGUGACGUCCCUGGCCGACAUGGCGAAGGUGGCGGCCGCCGUCGCGCGCGCGGCGCCUCCGCCGGAGCCGCCGAAGGCGCGCCUGCCGCCGCACUACGAGAAGCGCCGCUCUUCUGAUGACGAUAAGAAGGCCAAGGCCGACGCCAAGAAGAAGAAGCGGUCGCGGUCGCGCGGUCGCAGACGCCGCAAGUCGCCCUCGCGGUCGCGCUCGGCGUCGUCGUCGCGCUCGCGCUCGCGCUCUCCGAAGAGAAAGCGCCGCGCCGCGCGGUCACCUUCCUCGUCGUCCUCGCGCUCGCGCUCGCGCUCGCCCAAGAAGCGCCGCCGCCGGCGCUCGCGGUCGCGGUCGCGCCGCAAGGGCCGUUCCCGCUCGCCGAAGCGCCGCAAGAACCGCUACGACACGGCGCUUCCCUCAUCGUCGCGGAGCCCGCCGCCUCGACAACGCUCGCGGUCGCGCUCGCGCGGCCGCCGCCGCCGGUCGCGGUCCCCGAAGCCCAAGGCGCGCUACGGCAGCCGCCAGAGCCGCUCGCCGCCGCCUCCGGCGAACCACUACGGCCCGGCGCCGCCGCAGCCGCCGCCUUCAGCUAGAAGCCGCUACGACACGGCGCUGCCCAAACGCCGGGGCCACGAGCUGCCGGCGCGGCCCCACCGCUACGCCCACGCGCCGGGCGCGGCCCGGACGCCGUCGCGGAGCCCGCCGCCGACGGCCGCGCCGAAGCUGUCGCUCGCGGAGCAGGCGAAGCUUGCCGCGCGCGAAGCGUCGCGGUGAGCUGGAUCUGCUGUGAUCCUCGAAGAACGACCCUGUACUACUCCUAUGUAAUAACUACUAUGAUACCAGACCGACGCCUCCCUGUGUUACCGCCCGCCCGCCCCGCCCCCUGCCCUCAUACUUAGAUGAAUCAGAGC